AUGCCUGGUGUGCCUGGUCCUAUCCAGCGUCAAGAUCUUGAUAAGGUUGCCAAGACGUAUGGCAAGACCAACCAUUUUUGGCAGGUUGACAAAGGUGAUGCAUUUCCUCUUGGGCUGCCUCAAAUCAUGAUGGCCCUCACUAGAGACGGUCAGCUCCAAGACAAUCUUGCUAAAGAUGUGGAGAAACGGUUCAAUGUAUCAUUUGAUGCUGAAAGAGAGAACAGAGCCUACAUGAAGGGAUCUGAGCAUGGAAUACAUCAUCUGGCGAAUGGUGGAGGGAAAGGGAUUAAGACUGUGUUGAGGGAGACUGAUUGCAAGCCUGUGGAAUCUGUGCCCAGGGUUUUCGUCUGA